ACGUCAGGAGAAUUAACUGUUGUUAUGAUGAUUGACAGAGCUCCAAUAUGGUGAAGGAGUUUGAGAGUGUGGAGCUGGGAGACAUGGGGAUGAAGAAGCAGAAGGUGCCCCGUAGGACGAUUUACUUUGCCAGUGGCGAGACCAUGGAGGAAUACAGCACAGAUGAAGAUGAGGAAGUGCAAGUUUCUAUCGCUGUUAAGACCUCAGCUGACCCGUCCAAGUUGAAUUGGGGUCCAUACUUUUGGUUUCACAUGUGGAGAGUGGCAACCUCCACUAUUUCAGUUUGUGACUAUCUUGGGGAGAGAAUGGCCUCAUUGUUCGGAAUUACCUCACCCAAGUACCAGUAUGCUAUUGACGAGUACUACAGAAUGAAAAAGGAUGAGGAUGAGGAGGAGGAGAACCGGCUGUCUGAGGAGGCAGAACGUCGUUUUGAGGAGGAGCACAACCAGGAGAUCCAGCAGCCAGCCACGGAGCAGCCGGAGGGCAGCGCCUCCUUCGUCAACGUCAGCUUUGAGCUGGAUCAAGAUCCCACACCUGAUGCCAACAGAUGUCCUGCCCCCAUCCCCACCUAACAGUUCAAUUAAAUAGGUGUUUCCAUUUUUCUCAUUUCACGAUGUAGCCUUUUUUUUUUUUGCUAUAGCAUAGAAUUCUUAUUAUCAUAUUGAUUCAAUGAUGAAUCCUCAACAUUUCUUUCUAUCGUGUAGUUUUCUUAUUUUUGCCUAAUCGAUCAUGCUGCGUUGUAAAUAUGCAUGAACUUUUGUGUGCAAUGAACAUUGCUGUGUGUCAGUGACAAUGAAUGAACACAGGGAUGAUAUCUGAUGCUGAUUUUAACUAUUUGCAGGUUUAAGAAAUGUCUUUGAUGUUUUUUUUUUUUUUCCAGGUACAUAACAUUGUUAUACAAUAAGUCAGCAGCUAUUUUCAGCCAGUUAGCGGCGAGAUAAGUUACCUUUUUCUAAAACUAUUCCAGAUGUGCACAAUGUUAUAGGAAUAGUAAAGAUUUAUUUGAACUGAAAAUGAUUUAUAUUCCAUGGCUAACCAUAAAUCUAUUUUAAUUUCAGAAUGACCACAAAUGUUACUGUGUUACUAUGAGAAGUUAUGCACAGUGCUUUUCAGAGUCCAUCAAUUUAAUGUUGGGAUCUGUCCCCAGGCCUUUAAUGUAAUAACUUCACACGUUGCUCAUUGGCAUCUGUGCGAACACUUUAGACAUUACUGUUGUCCAAUCAAAGACAUUUCUUAAACCUGUCGUCCAGGGCCGUAUAUUUAGAGAUGCAGUGAGCUCCAAAAGUAUUGGGACAGUGUCCAUUUGUUUUGGCUCUGUACUCCAGCACUUUGAAUUUGAAACGACUGACUUUUUGUACAUGGUCCCCUAAAAGUAUUGGAACAAAUUCACCAAUGUAUUUGGUCCGAUAUUCCUAACACAAAUUGGGCACAAAAUAAUCUGAAACACAAACAAAACAGCAAAUGAAUCCAAUGCUUGAUGUAAUCAUUGUGUGCUAAGAAUAUGGGACCAAAUAAACUUUUGAUAACUUUGAUACACACAAGUGAACUUGUCACAAUACUUUUGGGCCCAUAAAAUGGAGGGGGGGGGG